UGUACUUUUUUUGUGUAUAUACUAAUGUACUAAUUUGUGUUUACUAUAAACAGUAGCUAUUCAGUAUACAGGAUUAUAAGUAGGAGGGAGAAUGGGCAGAGCAGGGCAGGGCAGUCCCAGACUUUACAGGUGAGAGAAGCAAGCUUUUGGAGUGUGAGAAAGGCAGAGGAGUGAAUUUCGAGAUUCCUUUCAUUUGAAAAUGAAGUGCGUUAUGCAGAUGCUCAGAAACUGCCUGGCCAAACGCAGACUUUGUCAAAAACGCUUGGUGACCAAGGAUGGUCACUGUAACAUUGAAUAUGGCAAUGUGAGGUACAGCAACUUCUUUGCCUAUAUGCUAGAUUUUUGGACCACCUUUGUCGAGAUCCAGUGGCGCUUUGUUUUUGUCUUCUUUGUGGCCUCAUUCACUCUCAGUUGGUUCAUGUUUGGACUCCUGUGGUAUUGGAUUGCCCGCAGCAACGGAGAUUUGGCAUGGCAACAGCCCUCAGCUAACCACAAUGUAUGUGUACUUAAUCUCUAUGGAAUGACUACUGCCUUCCUCUUCUCUUUGGAAACACAGACAACUGUGGGGUAUGGGGGACUAGAUAUCACUCCACACUGCCCUAGUGCUAUUGCUCUCCUUAUUAUUCAGACUCUUAUAGGUGCAAUUAUUAACUGCUUCUGGUGUGGAGUGGUCAUGACCAAAAUUUCUCUACCUAAGAAACGGGUCAAGACCAUAGCAUUUAGUAAGAUGGCAGUGAUCUGUCAAAACCGAGGAGUCAUCUGUUUACAGAUCAGAGUGGCUAACUUGCGUAAAUCAUUGUUGAUUGGCAGCCAGAUCUACGGAAAGUUGCUUAGAACAACAAUAACUCCUGAAGGUGAAACAAUCAUACUUGACCAAGUCAGUGUUGACUUUAUGGUAGAUGUUGGAAAGGAUAACCUGUUUUUUGUAUGCCCCUUGACCUUAUAUCAUGUAAUUGAUAAGACAAGCCCAUUCUUUGAAAUGUCAGUGGAGACAUUAAAUCAACAGGAGUUUGAGCUGGUGGUCUUUCUGGAUGGAACUGCUGAAUCCACCAGCUCUUCCUGUCAGGUCAGGACUUCUUACCUUCCUCAGGAAAUUAUGUGGGGCUAUAAGUUUCUUCCUGUCAUCUCCCGCAGCAAGGAUGGAAGGUAUCGUGUGGACUUUUCCAACUUUGACAAAGUGGAGCCAACAGUGACAGCCAACUCACCCUAUCAUUAUCAGUGCCCCACAAAUGGCUUUGAUAAUCCUUUAUUUGUGGUCAUCAGCAAUGACAGUUCUCUCAGUAACAAAAUGUGAAUUGUUUUGUUUGUAAAAUACAGAGAUAUGAAGUUUCCAUUAUAUUUUGAAUUAUAAAUAUUUACAGGAAGUGUUAUCAGAAUUAUAAAAAGGUCAGGAAAACCUUGACUUUGUGAGUAGCUCAUAGCUUGCAUAGUACUGGCAUUUGUUAAUGUUAAUGUUUGUAUUGUUAUGUUUUGUAUUGUUGUCAUCAGGCUUUUGGAUGAAAGUCCAAUUUUCAUUGUAUUUAUUCAUUCUUCAACUACUACUGUUAUUAAUGUGCA